GGCCAAUGGGCGCGGCGGACACUGGGAGGUGCGGGCGGUGCUGGCGAUUUCAAACCGCGCCGAGCAGCUGCCGGACCGUCACCGGCCCGACCCCCCGGGCCCAGGUGAGACCCCGCUGUCCUCGUCCCUUCCCCGAAAUUACUGUAGUUAUCGAGAGAGCCUGAUUUACAAUGGGGGACGACAGUGAGUGGAUGAAAUUGCCCAUUGAUCAGAAAUGUGAACAUAAGCUAUGGAAAGCCCGAUUAAAUGGUUAUGAAGAAGCCCUUAAGCUCUUCCAGAAGAUAGAUGAUGAAAAGAAUCCUGAAUGGUCCAAGUAUCUUGGAUUGAUAAAGAAAUUUGUGACCGACUCCAAUGCAGUGGCUCAGCUGAAAGGACUGGAAGCAGCACUUGCUUAUGUUGAAAAUGCUCAUGUAGCUGGGAAGACAACAGGAGAAGUAGCAUCAGGAGUUGUAAAUAAAGUGUUCAAUCAGCCAAAGGCCAGAGCAAAAGAGCUGGGUGAAGAUAUAUGUCUAAUGUAUAUAGAAAUUGAGAAAGGAGAGGCAAUACAAGAAGAAUUAUUAAAGGGUCUGGACAACAAAAACCCCAAAAUCAUAGUAGCAUGUAUAGAGACACUGAGGAAAGCACUAAGUGAAUUCGGUUCAAAGAUAAUCUCACUGAAGCCAAUCAUCAAAGUAUUGCCAAAACUUUUUGAAUCUCGAGAAAAGGCUGUUCGAGACGAAGCCAAGCUCCUUGCUGUGGAAAUCUACCGUUGGAUAAGGGAUGCUUUGAGACCUCCAUUGCAGAACAUAAAUUCUGUUCAGCUAAAAGAGCUGGAAGAAGAAUGGAUCAAAGUGUCAUCAGCUGCUCCUAAGCAGACCAGGUUCCUGCGUUCCCAACAGGAGCUGAAAGCAAAAUUUGAGCAGCAGCAGGCACUUGGAGGAGAUGCAGAUGGAGGAGACGAUGAUGAGGAAGAGGUGGUACCACAAGUAGAUGCAUAUGAGUUGCUUGAAGCUGUAGAAAUUCUCUCCAAGCUUCCCAAAGACUUCUAUGAGAAAAUAGAAGCAAAAAAGUGGCAAGAAAGGAAAGAGGCUCUAGAGGCUGUUGAACUACUAGUGAAAAAUCCCAAGCUGGAAUCAGGAGACUAUGCAGACUUGGUGAAAGCUCUCAAAAAGGUUGUUGGAAAGGAUACAAAUGUUAUGUUAGUUGCUUUGGCUGCCAAAUGCCUCGCUGGACUAGCUACAGGCCUCCGAAAGAAAUUUGGACAGUAUGCAGGGCAUGUUGUUCCAACAAUCCUGGAGAAAUUCAAAGAGAAGAAGCCCCAGGUAGUGCAGGCACUGCAGGAGGCCAUUGAUGCAAUCUUUCUUACAACCACAUUGCAGAACAUAAGUGAAGAUAUUUUGGCAGUCAUGGACAACAAAAACCCAACAAUUAAGCAACAAACAUCCCUUUUCAUUGCAAGAAGCUUCCGACACUGCACACCUUCUACUCUGCCAAAAAGCCUGUUAAAACCUUUCUGUGCUGCACUUCUUAAGCAUAUCAAUGAUUCUGCUCCUGAAGUAAGAGAUGCUGGAUUUGAAGCAUUAGGCACUGCCUUGAAAGUAGCUGGAGAGAAAGCUGUGAAUCCAUUUCUAGCAGAUGUGGACAAACUAAAGCUUGAUCGGAUUAAAGAGUGUGCUGAAAAGGUAGAAUUGGUUUAUGGUAAAAAAGCAGGAGGAGCAGCUGAGAAAAAAGAAGGCAAGCCUAUUACUGGAAAGACCACUGCUCUUCCAGGGCCUGCAGGAGAUAAAGAAACAAAAGAUGCAGCAACCAAACCAGGACCAGUGAAAAAAGCAUCAGCAGUGAAGGCUGGGGCCCCACUCAAGAAAGGCAAACCAGCUGCAGCUGCAGGUACAGGAGGUGCUGGGCCUAAAGGCAAGAAGGGUCCUGAGACCAAAGAAAUCUUUGAGUCGGAGCUCUCUAUAGAAGUAUGUGAAGAGAAAGCUGCUGCUGUCCUUCCAGCAUCUUGUAUCCAGCAGUUGGACAGUGGUAACUGGAAAGAGAGGCUUGCCUGCAUGGAGGAGUUUCAGAAGGCUGUUGAGCUUAUGGAAAGAAGUGAAAUGCCUUGCCAAGCCCUAGUAAGAAUGCUAGCCAAGAAACCUGGUUGGAAGGAAACAAAUUUUCAGGUGAUGCAGAUGAAACUGCAUAUAGUUGCAUUAAUUGCACAGAAAGGAAACUUCUCCAAAACUUCAGCACAGGUUGUGCUGGAUGGUCUUGUAGACAAGGUUGGUGAUGUGAAAUGUGGAACUAAUGCAAAAGAGGCCAUGACAGCAAUAGCAGAAGCGUGUCAGUUGCCAUGGACUGCUGAGCAGGUUGUGGCUAUGGCUUUCUCUCAGAAGAAUCCUAAAAACCAGUCAGAAACUUUGAACUGGCUUUCAAAUGCAAUUAAAGAGUUUGGCUUUUCUGGAUUGAAUGUCAAAGCUUUCAUCAGUAAUGUGAAGACAGCUCUUGCUGCAACUAACCCAGCUGUGAGGACUUCUGCCAUUACAUUGCUGGGAGUAAUGUAUCUUUAUGUGGGACCUUCUCUGCGAAUGUUUUUUGAAGAUGAGAAGCCAGCCCUUCUCUCCCAGAUAGAUGCAGAAUUUGAAAAGAUGCAAGGACAGACAGCACCAGCUCCAACUCGUGGCAUUUCCAGGCACAGCGUGGGAGGUGGGGAUGAUGGUGAAGAAGAAGAACAGGAGGAGGUUGGGAAUGAUGUUGUGGAUCUCUUGCCAAGAGCAGAUAUUGGUGAUAAGAUCACAGCAGAACUAGUGUCUAAGAUUGGGGAUAAAAAUUGGAAGAUCAGAAAGGAAGGUCUAGAUGAAGUGACAAGCAUAAUAAAUGAAGCAAAGUUCAUACAGCCAAACAUAGGAGAACUUCCAGCUGCUCUGAAGGGUCGUCUCAAUGACUCCAAUAAAAUCUUGGUACAACAAACUCUGAGCAUUCUUCAGCAGCUAGCAACAGCAAUGGGCCCCAAUAUCAAACAGUAUGUGAAAAAUUUGGGAAUUCCUGUCAUUACAGUUCUAGGAGAUAGUAAGAAUAACGUUCGUGCUGCUGCACUGGCAACUGUGAAUGCCUGGGCCGAGCAAACUGGCAUGAAAGAGUGGUUGGAAGGGGAAGACCUGUCAGAAGAGCUCAAAAAAGAAAAUCCUUUCCUAAGACAAGAGCUUCUUGGCUGGUUGGCUGAUAAGCUGCCUGCCCUCCGUUCUGUUCCUUCUGACCUACUGUUGUGUGUGCCUCACCUGUACUCCUGCCUUGAGGAUCGAAAUGGGGAUGUGCGCAAAAAGGCACAGGAUGCCCUGCCGUUCUUCAUGAUGCAUCUGGGCUUUGAGAAGAUGGCAAAAGCCACUGGCAAGCUGAAGCCAACUUCCAAAGACCAGGUACUGGCCAUGCUGGAGAAAGCCAAAGCUAACAUGCCAGCCAAACCAGCUCCACCUGCUAAAGCAUCUUCUAGAGUGGUAGGAGGAGCAGCUCCAGCCAAAUUCCAACCUGCAUCAGCAUUUGCUGAUGAUUUGGGGUCUAAUACCAUAGAAUCCAAGCCUGAUCUCAAAAAAGCCAAAGCAGGAGGACUCUCCUCUAAAGCUAAGGUACAGGGAAAGAAGGUGCUAAGCAAGCCUAAUCUGAAGGAAGACGAUGAUAAAUCAGGCCCUAUUUUUAUCAUUGUCCCAAAUGGGAAGGAACAGAGGAUGAGAGAAGAGAAAGCUCUGAAGGUGUUAAAGUGGAAUUUCACUACUCCCCGUGAUGAAUAUAUUGAACAGCUGAAAACUCAGAUGUCUACUUGUGUGGCCAAGUGGCUACAGGAUGAGAUGUUUCAUGCAGACUUCCAGCACCACAACAAAGCACUGACUGUUAUGGUUGAGCACUUGGAGAGUGAAAAAGAUGGAGUCAUCAGCUGCCUGGAUUUGAUCUUAAAAUGGCUUACCCUGAGGUUCUUUGAUACCAACACAAGUGUUUUGAUGAAAGCACUUGAAUACCUUAAAUUGCUUUUCAAUUUGCUGAGUCAAGAAGAAUAUCACCUCACCGAAAAUGAAGCAUCCUCUUUUAUCCCAUAUCUUAUCCUAAAGGUAGGAGAACCAAAAGAUGUCAUCCGUAAGGACGUACGUGCCAUUCUGAACAGAAUGUGUCUCAUCUAUCCAGCCAGCAAGAUGUUCCCUUUUAUCAUGGAGGGGACAAAAUCAAAAAACUCUAAACAACGUGCAGAAUGCUUGGAAGAGCUUGGAUGUCUGGUUGAAUCAUAUGGCAUGAAUGUUUGCCAGCCAACUCCAGGGAAAGCCUUAAAAGAAAUGGCAACCCACAUUGGUGACCGGGACAAUACUGUGCGCAACGCUGCACUGAACACCAUCGUGACUGUCUACAAUGUCCAUGGCGACCAAGUGUUCAAGCUGAUUGGAAAUCUUUCAGAGAAAGACAUGAGCAUGCUGGAGGAAAGAAUAAAGCGGUCAGCCAAGAGACCCUCAUCUGUUCCAGUGAGACAGGCAGAGGAGAAACCUCAGCGCACUCAGAACAUCAGUGCCAAUGCCAGCAUGAUGCGCAAGGGACAAGCUGAGGACAUGUCCUCCAAACUCAAAAUUAUGUAUCGCACUUAUAGGAUCCAAAAUCGCAACAUGGGCAACCACUCGGAGACAGCACAUACAGUUCCACGGGAAUUUCAGCUGGAUCUUGAUGAAAUUGAAAAUGACAAUGGAACAGUCAGAUGUGAGAUGCCAGCACUUGUACAGCACAAACUAGAUGACAUCUUUGAGCCAGUAUUGAUUCCUGAGCCCAAAAUCCGUGCUGUGUCCCCACAUUUCGAUGACAUGCACAGUAACACAGCUUCUACUAUCAACUUUGUCAUUUCCCAAGUGGCCAGUAGUGAUAUAAAUACAAGCAUCCAGGCUCUGACACAGAUCGAUGAGGUACUCAAACAGGAGGACAAAGCAGAAGCUAUGUCUGGCCACAUCGACCAGUUCCUAAUAGCAACAUUUAUACAGCUCCGGUUAAUCUACAAUACACACAUGGCAGAUGAGAAGCUGGACAAAGAUGAGAUUGUCAGACUUUACAGCUGUAUUAUUGGGAGCAUGAUCACGCUGUUUCAGAUAGAGAGUCUGGCUCGAGAGGCAUCCACUGGUGUGCUUAAAGACCUAAUGCAUGGUCUUAUUACAUUAAUGCUGGAUUCUCGGGUUGAAGAUCUUGAGGAGGGUGAGCAGGUCAUCCGAUCAGUCAACCUCUUGGUAGUGAAAGUUCUGGAGAAGUCUGACCAGACCAACAUCUUGAGUGCUCUGCUUGUCUUGCUUCAAGACAGUCUUCUAGCAACAGCCAGCUCUCCUAAGUUUUCAGAACUUGUCAUGAAGUGUCUGUGGAGAAUGGUGCGUCUUCUUCCGGAAACCAUUAAUAGCAUCAAUCUGGAUCGGAUUCUGCUGGAUAUCCACAUUUUCAUGAAGGUCUUUCCCAAAGAGAAGCUGAAGCAAUGUAAGAGUGAGUUCCCUAUUAGGACGCUGAAGACGCUGCUUCACACCCUGUGCAAGCUGAAAGGGCCCAAGAUCUUAGAUCAUUUAACAAUGAUAGAUAACAAAAAUGAGUCUGAGCUAGAAGCUCACCUUUGUAGACUAAUGAAACACACUAUGGACCAGAGUGGAAAAUCUGAUAAGGAUACAGAAAAAGGAGCUUCUCGCAUAGAGGAAAAGGCUUCGAAAGCCAAAGUCAAUGAUAUUUUGGCAGAAAUAUUUAAGAAGAUUGGCUCAAAGGAGAACACCAAGGAGGGUCUGGCAGAACUGUAUGAAUACAAAAAGAAAUAUUCUGAUGCAGACAUUGAGCCCUUCCUGAAAAAUUCCUCACAGUUCUUCCAAAGCUAUGUGGAAAGAGGCCUCCGACUGAUAGAAACAGAACGGGAAGGGAAAGGACGCAUUGCUACUUCUACAGGAAUUUCUCCUCAGAUGGAAGGAACAUGUGUUCCUGUGUCUACCCACACUGUAUCUUCAUCUAUAGGAAACACAAAUGGGGAGGAAGUGGGGCCUUCAGUUUACUUGGAAAGAUUAAAAAUCCUCAGGCAGCGUUGUGGCCUCGACAACGCAAAGCAGGAAGACAGACCCCCUCUGACAUCUCUGCUCUCUAAACCAACACUCCCUACAGUUGCAUCCUCUACAGAUAUGCUUCACAGUAAGCUCUCCCAGCUGCGUGAGUCCCGGGAGCAAUACCAACACCUGGACCUGGACUCCAAUCAGACUCAUUCCUCUGGCAUUGGAACUACCCUGGCUUCACCAUCUUCUGCAGCAGCCAAUAUUGAUGACUUGAAAAAAAGAUUGGAGAGAAUAAAAAGCAGUCGUAAAUAGAGAUGCAAAGAGACGGUGUCGCUGUUGCUUGGGGCUGUCUUCAGCUUUAGUUUACUAAACUAGAAGUCUUCAUAGUUAAAUGGCCUCGUUUAGGCCUAAUGUAUACAAACUGGUUUGUGUAUAAUACAGUGGAUUUUGGGGGGUUGAGUCAUUGUGGCACAAGUAUUUGUACAUAAUCUGCUUCUCAAUGAGCAUCUCUUUGACAAUAGAAGGCUGUCUGUGUAUUAGUUUUGAGUGUACAGACCUGUAAACAACCAUCCUCUCGCUCAGACUAGUUUCUCAUGACUUGGGGUUUUUAUUUGUAAAGUUGUCUUUAAAAUCUCUUCCUAGUUCUUAACUCUUAGAAGACCUUUAGUGAUUUCGCUUUUAGUUUUGUGAAUUCUUCUCCAUGUAAUCCUUGAACUGUUGAUUCUGUAUGGACACAUGGCAUGAAGUAACUACUUUAAGUGUCUUUUGUAAAUAAAGUUUGCAUUAACUAUA